CUGAGGGACGCCAGACGCGCCCCAGAGCCUACUGCGGCGCCUCGGCCGCUCGGCGCCUGCGCAGUGAAGACCGCGGCGAGCCGCGCGCGUGCGUGCAGGGCCGGAGCCCCAGGCGCUGGUGGGGCGGAAACGCGGCGCCCGGUGUCUUCUGGUUCCGAGGGUGGUCCUCACCGUUUCCGCUCCGGCGGAAGUGAGGAGGAGGGUUCUUCGACCCGUGCCGAGCUGGAUGGACCGCGAGACGCGCGCCCUCGCCGACCGCCACUUCCGAGGCCUGGGAGGCGAUGUCCCCGGCGGCGGCCACGCUCCGGGCCGGGUAGCCUUCGUCUCGGAGCCGGGCGCCUUCUCCUACGCCGACUUUGUGCGGGGCUUCUUGCUGCCCAACCUGCCCUGCGUGUUCUCCAGCGCCUUCACGCAGGGCUGGGGCAGCCGGCGGCGCUGGGUGACGCCCGCGGGCAGGCCCGACUUCGACCACCUGCUACGGACCUACGGAGACGUGGUUGUACCAGUUGCGAACUGUGGGGUCCGAGAAUACAACUCGAACCCCAAGGAGCACAUGCCUCUCAGAGACUACAUCACCUACUGGAAAGAGUACAUCCAGGCGGGCUACUCCUCUCCCAGGGGCUGUCUCUACCUCAAAGACUGGCACCUGUGCAGGGACUUCCCGGUGGAGGACGUUUUCACCCUGCCUGUGUACUUCUCGUCCGACUGGCUGAAUGAGUUCUGGGAUGCACUGGAUGUGGAUGACUACCGCUUUGUCUACGCGGGGCCUGCGGGCAGCUGGUCCCCAUUCCAUGCUGACAUCUUCCGCUCCUUCAGCUGGUCUGUCAAUGUCUGUGGGAGGAAGAAGUGGCUCCUCUUCCCCCCAGGGCAGGAAGAGGCCCUGCGGGACCGCCACAGCAACCUGCCCUACGACGUGACCUCCCCAGCACUCUGUGACACACACCUGUACCCGCGGAGCCAGCUUGCUGGCCCACCCUUGGAGAUCACGCAGGAGGCGGGCGAGAUGGUGUUUGUGCCCAGUGGCUGGCACCAUCAGGUGCACAACCUGGAUGACACCAUCUCCAUCAACCACAACUGGGUCAAUGGCUUCAACCUGGCCAACAUGUGGCGCUUCUUGCAGCAGGAGCUAUGCGCCGUGCAGGAGGAGGUCAGCGAGUGGAGGGACUCCAUGCCCGACUGGCACCACCACUGCCAGGUCAUCAUGAGGUCCUGCUCGGGCAUCAACUUUGAAGAGUUUUACCACUUCCUCAAGGUCAUCGCUGAGAAGAGGCUCCUGGUCCUGAAGGAGGCAGCCGCUGAGGACCGUGCUGGGUUGGGUUUCGAACAGGCAGCCUUUGAUGCCGGGCGCAUCACAGAGGUGCUGGCCUCCUUGGUUGCGCACCCCGACUUCCAGAGAGUGGACACCAGCGCGUUCUCACCACAGCCCAAAGAGCUGCUGCAGCAGCUGAGAGCGGCUGUUGAUGUUGCUGCGGACCCGUAGCGCCUGUCGUGAGGAUAGAAGGACGGGUGGAUGAGAGGCAGCCUCCUGCUCCAGGGCCCUUCCAGAAAUAAAGACCGCCCUCUCUGUGACCUGGGGCCCACCCCUGUCGAGGCUCGUGGCCUGGCUGUUCACGGCCACUGCCUGGGUGCCUGUUUUCAGGUGAGGCCCAAUGAGGUCAGGGACCCAAGAUGGGAUGUGGCCCCUCUGACCUGCAGCAGGCCUGCUGGGAGCUCGGAGAUGGUGCCAGGACCUGGCUCUUUUGGGGGCCCUGCCUCCUUAGGCCAGGACGCCUGAGCUGACAGGAGUCUGUGUCUGGUGUGCCUUCUCUGGAGGCUCCUCUUAAUAGGCCAGCCCUGUCCCCUCGUCUCAGGCCAUUGGGCAACCCCUGGCUCUGCCCUGUGGGCUCAGGGAGGGGUUGGAGCAGUGCUAGGCAAGCUCACCAGGGCCUCCAGGCAGGGCUGGGGUUGGCCUCCAUCACCUCCAGGUGAUGGGCUGCAGAACCAGCAGCCUGUGCCUUCCUCUGGGUACCCAGAGUGGAGGGCUGGGUUGGGCUGGCCUUUGCCACCUCCCUGCCUUUCCAGGGCCUGUGGGCAGCUAGAGAGGCCACGGAUGGGGUGGAAUCCCAUCUGCUGCUGAAUCCUCACCUGGGCCUGAGGGACUGUGCCUGCUGUGCACUCACAGCUGGGUCUUCCCAAGGAUGCUGUUCUCAGGAGUGGUGGGUCCCUGGCCCCUCUUCACACUGGGCAUGAUGGAGGUGUGGGUGGGUUCGUCCAGGCUGAUCAAGGCACAGCAGUGAGCAGCGGCCUGUGGUGGGGAAUGGACUCUCGUGGGAUCCUCCUGCAGAAGAUGCCCCAGGCCUGAACCCUCUAGUGGAUCCACAGUUUGUGGAGACUGGCACUCUCCCAGCCCUGUCCUUGACCGAGAGUCCAGCACUUUUUCAGUUGGCCCCUGGUUGGCUGCCCAACCCCAGCAGGGGAGGAGGCAUCCGAAUCUGCAGGGACAGCACGUGCCAUGGCUAUGCACAUUGUCUGCCCGUGGCAUCCAAUGGGGCCGCUGGCACUUGUCUAGGAUGCAAGCCCCCAAGAAAGGCAGGGGUUUCUGUCUGCUCUGUUCAGUGAAUCAUGUGAAGUGCUUGCAAAGGCAGCUUUACACAGUAGGUGCUUCAUAUGUGUCUGUCGAAUGAAUGCGCUCCA